CCGUCUCCUUCCCCACCCAUCGAUCAUCGUCCCCUCUCUCUCUCCCUCUCUCUCUCUCUCUCUUUCUCCGAACGAUGAAACGUUAAUACGAAUCCCGAUCUCGUGGGCAUUUCGUCGAAAGGGUCAAGGGCGCAUCCUCCCCACUUCCCCCCGCAACCCACCGCUCCGCAAUGGCGGCCGCCUCGUCCCACGGCUACGCCGACGUCCCCCUCGACGACAUCCUCGCCCACGACCUCGAGACCGCCGCCGGCGGAGCCGGAGCCGGAGCGGGAGCAGGAGACGGCGUGGGGAGGCCGCCGAGGCCGGAGCAGACGACGAGGGCGUACGCGACGAGCAUAAUGAAGCAGCACUCGAAUUUCGUGGCGGAGGUGCGGCACCUCGCGUCGCGCGUCUCGUUCAAGGUCGGGGAGGAGAGGAAGGAGGGGGGGGCCGGGGCGGCGCGGCCGAGGAUGAGCCGGGCGCAGUCGAGCGCGCAGGUGGGGCUGAAGGGGCUGCGGUUCCUCGACAAGGCGUCGGGGGGCAAGGACGGGUGGAGGGCCGUGGAAAAGCGGUUCCAGCAAUUCGCCGUCGACGGCAGGCUCCCCAAGGAGAAUUUCGGCAAAUGCAUUGGGAUGGCCGAUUCUAAGGAAUUUGCUGGAGAGCUGUUCGUCGCACUGGCGAGGCGUAGGAAUCUCGAACCGAGUGAUGGCAUCACCUUAGAUGAACUGAAGGAAUUCUGGGAAGAAAUGACCGACCAGAACUUUGAUUCGCGGCUAAGGAUAUUCUUUGACAUGUGUGAUAAAAAUGGUGAUGGAAAGCUCACAGAGGAUGAGGUGAAAGAGGUUAUUAUAUUGAGUGCAUCAGCAAACAGGCUAGCGAAGCUAAAGAGCCACGCUGCGACGUACGCUGCUCUGAUCAUGGAGGAGCUUGAUCCAGAUGAUCUUGGCUAUAUUGAGAUUUGGCAACUCGAAACAUUACUUCGAGGCAUGGUGAGCAUGCAAGGAAACGACAAGGCCCUAAAACGAUCGAGCAGCCUUGCAAGAACUAUGAUACCGAGGCGGUAUAGAAACCCUAUAAAGAGAUUUGUUACUAAAACUGCAGAUUUUAUUCAUGAGAACUGGAAGAGGAUUUGGCUUAUUUCAUUAUGGUUGACACUGAAUAUAUGCCUAUUCAUAUGGAAAUUCGAACAAUAUAAAAGGCGAGCGGCAUUCGAGGUGAUGGGCUACUGUGUGUGCGUAGCCAAGGGUGCAGCAGAGACACUGAAGCUGAACAUGGCCAUCAUUCUCUUACCUGUUUGUCGAAAUACACUCACACGGCUCAGAUCGACAAGUCUUAGCAAAGUCAUCCCCUUCGAUGACAACAUAAAUUUUCACAAGGUCAUUGCCCUGGCGAUAGCAAUCGGGACUCUUGUUCAUACACUUUCUCACGUUACAUGUGAUUUCCCGCGGCUGAUCAACUGUCCUCAAUCCAAAUUCAUGAUUACCUUAGGACCCAAUUUUAAUUACCACCAGCCCACAUACCCAUCUCUGUUAGCUAGUGCUCCUGGAGUUACUGGGAUCCUCAUGAUCAUCAUAAUGGCCUUUUCUUUCACACUCGCCACUCAUUCUUUUCGGAGAAGUGUUGUGAAGUUGCCUUCGCCCUUACACCACUUAGCAGGAUUCAAUGCAUUUUGGUAUGCCCACCACCUUCUCGCGCUUGUUUAUGUCCUCCUAGUUGUGCAUUCCUACUUUAUCUUCCUCACCCGGAAGUGGUACAAAAAGACGACAUGGAUGUACCUCGCAAUUCCAGUGCUCUUUUAUGCCUGUGAGAGAUUAAUUAGGAAAUUCCGCGAGAAGAACUAUCGCGUGAGCAUUGUUAAGGCAGCAAUUUAUCCAGGGAAUGUCCUUUCCAUACACAUGAAAAAGCCUCCAGGUUUCAAGUACAAGAGUGGAAUGUACCUGUUUGUGAAGUGCCCAGAUGUUUCACCAUUUGAAUGGCAUCCCUUCUCCAUCACUUCCGCACCAGGAGACGACUACUUGAGUGUUCAUAUCCGUACGUUAGGCGACUGGACGACAGAACUUAGGAAUUUGUUUGGAAAGGCUUGUGAGGCUCAAGUUACUUCUAAGAAGGCUAGUCUUGUAAGACUUGAAACCACAGUUAUAGCACAUGCUGAGUUCGAAGAAACAAGAUUCCCGAAGCUCCUAAUUGAUGGUCCUUAUGGUGCACCGGCGCAAAAUUACAAGAAAUAUGACAUUCUUUUGCUCAUUGGACUUGGCAUUGGUGCAACUCCGUUUAUCAGCAUAUUGAAGGAUUUGCUGAACAAUAUAAAAUCCGAUGAAGAGAUGCAAAGCAUACACAAGCCUGAGAUAAACAACGUGAAGGGUAAUGUUCCGGGGAGGGCUUACUUCUACUGGGUGACAAGGGAACAGGGCUCCUUUGAAUGGUUUAAAGGUGUAAUGAAUGAUGUCGCAGAAAGUGACCACAAUCACAUUAUAGAGAUGCAUAAUUACCUGACUAGUGUGUAUGAAGAAGGCGAUGCAAGGUCUGCUUUGAUCGCUAUGGUUCAGGAGCUUCAGCACGCCAAAAAUGGUGUUGACAUUGUAUCAGGAAGCCGGAUAAGGACACAUUUCGCAAGGCCAAACUGGAGAAAGGUGUUUUCUGAUUUGGCCAAUGCACACAAGUCCUCUCGUAUAGGUGUUUUCUACUGUGGAUCUCCAACACUUACAAAGCACUUGAGAGAUCUUGCGAAAGAGUUCAGCCAUACCACCUCCACUCGAUUCCAUUUCCACAAGGAGAACUUCUAAUGAUAGUAUAUACUUUGUACAGGAGGAGAAACAAAAUAGUGUAUUACAUGUUUUUGCUAGAAGCUUCGUGUACAGAAUUUGUAUUGUAUGUUAGUAUUUACAUGAUACAUAGAUUUAAGGGAAAAUAUAUAGAGAGAGAAUAUAUCUUGAAACAAAGAGAAUUUGUUGUUACAAUAAUUCAGUUCCAGGAAGAGUGUUUUGAAUA